GGCUCCUCCUCAGAUCACUUGAAGCUCCGCUUUCCUGCAUAGAAGUGCACCUGACCACAACUGCAACGACCAACACUCGAGUUCGAUAGCUCACCAGUUCUAAAAAUGAGUCCACAUCAGAACCUGGGAGAUGACGAAGCUGGGAGGGUGAAAGCUUUGCAAUUAACUGCGAUGCUUGCCCUACCAUUCAGUUUGAAAGCUGCUGUGAAUUUAGGGGUACCCAAAAUUUUGGUGGACGCAGGUUCAGGAGCUGAGCUUACAGCUGAAGACAUUGCGAAGUCCAUUACCAAGCUCUCGGACCGCUCUGCAGAUGCCAGAAAUUUGGAUCGCAUCUUGAGAGUUUUGGCAGCGCACAACAUCGUGACGGAGAUUGUAUCGAAGAAUGCCAAUGACUCCGACAGUCCUCAGAGGUGUUAUGGACCCACUUCAACUCUCAAGUAUUUCACUGAUAACGAAGAUGGAGUUUCGCUAGCUCCAUUUCUUCUUAUGACCACUGAUCCUGUUUUCCUACCAACCUUUCAAUACCUUCACUUGCCAGUUCUGGAUGUGAAAGUGGAGCCUCACGUUCUUGUUCAUGGUAUGAAAUCCUUCGAGUACGCUGCAACCGAUGCUAGAUUUGACAAGCUGUUCAAUAAAGCCAUGCAUGAUCACACACACUUGGAAUUGUCGGCAUUACUGAAGAAGUACAGAGGCUUUGAGACCUUGACCUCAGUAGUCGAUGUGGGCGGUGGGUUGGGUGCUACUUUGGCCAUGAUUCUGUCCAAGUACCCAAAUUUACGCGGAAUCAAUUUCGACCAACCACAUGUUGUAGCCGACGGGCUGCAAAUGCCAAAUUUGGAACACGUUGGUGGAGACUUCUUUGCCAGUGUGCCUGAAGCCGAUGCUGUAUUCAUGAAGUGGAUUUUGCAUGAUUGGGAUGACGAACGAUGUGUCAAAAUACUGAAAAACGUCUGGAGAGCUUUACCUCCUCAUGGCAAGGUCAUCAACCUCGACUACGUGUUGUCAGACAACACAGAUCCAUCAAUUGCAACCAAGGUCUCCUUAUACACAGAUAUUUAUAUGAUGGCAUGCAACUCAAAUGGAAGGGAACGUACACUCGCCCAGUUCAAGAGGCUUGCAGCUGAUGCGGGAUUCAAAAGAGUUGAAUUUGUUGCAAAAACAGAUAAUCUGUCAGUUCUGGAGUUUUACAAGGAUUGAUUAUCGCUAUUUGAAUCCGGAAUUUGUUCAUUAUAAAAAUUUUUCAUAGCCAUAAACCAACUUUGUGCUAUUCUUGAUAUGGACAUUACCCACUUGUAAAAGCUGCCAAUGUAAACUUCCGUAGUUUUCAUCAUUGCAAGUACAGCUGGUAGCACGUUAAGAGACCUCGUACUGAGGUCUCGGGUAGCGACUCUGAUCUCUAGUCCAGAGGUACUCAUCACCCCUAGCAAUGUAGCUGUUGGAAUCAUUUUAGCUUUCAAUAAAAUACAACAUAGACUCUGGGAGUUGUCUCUAACGUUCCUGCACAUCAUAUGUAGAUAGCCUUGGUUCCAAAUG